CGAAAUUGGGAGAAUGUCAAUAUUAUGAAAGAGGUCAAAUGAAAGAUUAUAACGGGACAAUAUGGGUUAAUUCGGACCUAAAUAAGAGAAUAGAGAGAACGAAGAAAUCCAGAGAAUGACAUUCCUGGAUAAAUCAACCAGCUCCAUCCUGCCAUACACCUGUGUCUAUAUAGAUGCUGAGUUCAAGGACAUCUUUGGAGCAGCCUCUCGAUGUCUGACAUGCUGUGGAGACAGAGAGCAGGUCAUUCAGGAUCUGAAGCAGAUGUGGACAACAUCGACUAAUCAGAAUCAUGUCCUACCUUGUCUGUCAGUCAGGACCGGUCUAGACCUGUUCCUGCAGGUCAAAAAUUAUCCACCAGGCUCGGAGGUCAUCAUGUCAGCCAUUAACAUUCCUGAUAUGGUGUACAUUGUUAAACACCAUGGACUAAAGGUUGUUCCCUGGGAUGUUGAUAUAGAAAGAACAAGUCCAAAAAUAGAUCAACUGAAGCACCUCAUUUCCACAAAGACAGUAGCCAUAUUAGUGGCCCAUAUAUAUGGGAAGCAGGUAGAAAUGGACAGUAUUAUAGACGUUGCUCAGGAUCAGAAUGUUGUUGUGAUAGAAGAUUGUGCCGAGUGUUUCUGUGGUUUUGAUUGGUUAGGAAAUCCCAGAUCAGACUUGGCCCUCUUUAGUUUUGGUGUAAUUAAACCUUCAACAGCUUUUGGAGGUGCAAUAGCAAAAAUUCGUGAUCAAGAUUUAUAUGAUAAAAUGUCCAGACAUUAUUCUAAAUAUCCUGUGCAAAAGCAUGGGGAAUAUUUUAAGAAAUUGACCAAGUAUUUUAUGGUUUAUUUGUUGUUGGACUGUCCCCAAGUGGUCAAACCUGCCAUGUGGCUAACCCGUACUCUAAAUAUAGACCACAAACGGUAUGUUAUAAAAAUGUUACGAGGAUUCCCAAGUGAUAUGGUUCAUCGCAUCCGACAACAGCCGUCCAGUGCCCUGUUACAAACUCUUCGACAUAGACUGAAAAACUUCAAGCCCACAGAGUUCAAGUCAACCAGUAUAAAGGGGGACUAUGUCAGAGAGCGCCUCCCAGAAUGUGUGACAAUUGUAGGAGCAGAGAGCACCGUCAACAACUAUUGGCUCUACCCUAUAUUGGUGGAAAAUCCAGAUACUGUGGUUAAGAUAUUAAAUGCCAUGGGGAUUGAUGCCUACCGUGGUGCCACUCAGUUGAACAUUAUUGAACCAGAGAAAUGGAAUUCACACCUGGACUAUUUUGCUCCGCUGAUCCACUAUUAUCCUCAUGAGGCUCGUUAUCUCAUUGACCAUGUCGUGUACCUUCCAGUCAACAAAUCUGUGCCGUUCCAUGUGCUUGACCAGAUCUGUAAAGGGCUUGAAGUGGCUAUUAAAAUCAGCAAGAAUGGCCGAAGUCUCAGUGUAAGGCCUCAUUCCAAACUUGUUGAAGACAUAACAGGAAAGGCCUUUAAGAAGAUAAAGAUCGGAACCACUGACGACACAGGUGCUCACCGUCUGAACCGCCUCUAUUGUAUGGCCUUUUUUAUUGCACUCACCCUCUUUUCUAGCGCUGAACAGUUUGUCGGAGAACCAAUCUCUUGCUGGUGCCCUGCUCAAUUCAAAAAGUUCCAUGUAUCAUACGCUAAUGCCUAUUGCUGGAUCAAAAACACUUACCUUGUACCAUUCGAGGAGUCACUUCCGGUGGACCACAGGGAGCGAGAGGACCAGGAGAUCAUGUAUUACCAGUGGGUCCCCAUCAUCUUUGCCUUGCAAGCUUUCCUAUUUUUUCUUCCAAGAAUGUUUUGGAAACACUGGAACGGAUAUUCUGGGUUCGAUCUAAAGAAGGUUCUUAGGAUAGCGGAGGGAGCCUCUUACGAUAGUCCGGAAGAAAGAAAAGACAAGAUUGGACAGUUGGCUGAAUUCAUUGACAGAUGGAUAGAUAUAAGAGAUUGUAUUAUGGGUAAAACGAAAACUUCAAGGCGGAUAAAGGAAACAAUGGCAUCUGCGGGAAUACACAAGGGGAAUUUUAUGACGGUGUUUUAUCUUUUUACCGGCUUCCUAUAUUUUGCAAAUACACUUGGACAGUUUUUCCUUUUGGAACUUUUAUUGGGAAAUAAUUUUUUUCAUAUCGGUCCGGAUUUUCUCAUGUUGAUGUUUCAGGGUAAAAAGUGGAAAGAUUUGGAACGCUUCCCGUUGGUGACAUAUUGUGACUUCGACAUUAGACAGUUGUCUAAUCUACAACGCUGGACUGUCCAGUGUUCGCUUCCAAUUAAUUUGUUUAAUGAGAAACUCUUUGUCAUCACCUGGUUUCUUCUCGUUGGAAUGACUUUCAUCAAUGGAGGACACCUUAUCUGGAACGUAGUCACAUUCUGUUUGCCAUGGAGGCAGCACCAGUAUAUAAUUAAAUAUCUGAAUAUAUCAGAGCCUAAGCAUUUCAACUCCAAAGGCGAAGCUAGACAAAGAGACCUCGUGGAUAAGUUUAUCAAGAAUUAUUUAAGGAAUGAUGGGAUAUUUGUGAUUUGGAUGGUGUCCGCCAACACUAGCCAAGUGCUAGCAUCAGAGCUGGUGGAAACAUUAUGGACAAAUUAUUGUGAGAAACCUUCGAUUAAAAGUUACAUGAAUCUCAAAGAUGAUGAGAUUCAGUGUUAAUUCGAUCCUUGCAUGUCGAAAACAAAACAUUUUUUAUACGUCUCGUCUUGUUUAACGUCUGAAAAUUGAAUUUCACUUAAAUUUUUAUCAUUUGAGAUGCACCUGUAUCUAUGCAUUCGUUAAUUCUCUUACAUUCACACAGGUAAAUUUGCAACUUUUAUGUUAAACAUUUCUGUAAAGGUAUGCUGUUAAAACAUUUUGUACUGAACGAUAAAACAUCUUGUACUGAACAUCUAUAAUCAUUAGUGAAUAUCGUAAACAAGUUUCACCUAUGAGUUUUCAUAUUUUCAUUUUAUUCUUUUCAGAAUUCGUGAGAAAUUGUCAUAGAAAGCAAUGUGUUCAUAUAGUAAAACAGUUACUGCAUUGUACUUGGUCAAAUCGAUCAUAAAGACACCCUCUAAGAACAAUAUUUAUACGUCAUCCAUCUGAUUCCGCGUCUCAAGUGCUAAAUGAUCUUAUUGACCUUGUACAUGUACAAGUCAAAUCAUUUUAUAAUGCUAAUGAAAGUGUGAACGUCCAGAUGUUAAACAAAAAUUGAAUCUACUUAAAACAAUUAGAAUUCCAAACAAGUGUUGCAGUUUUACCUGUUUAGCGAUUGACAAGGAUCUACUUGUGUACUGCAUAUAUUCAUGAAACGGGCCGUUGGUGUUGUUAGAUUUAAUCUGAUUUUUUGCUGUUUCAGAUUUGGUGCUUUAUAUAUGUACCCACAAAAGUGUCUGGUUGUUUACUUCAAUGUUUAACAGACCAUUGUUUAUUAACAUUUAUUUAUCUACGUAAAUACAGGUUUAGUGCUCAUAAAUUAAGUAGAUUUUUAUGCCCCCGCAUCGAAGAUUCGGGGGUAUAUAGUUUUUGCUCUGUCCGUCCAUCUGUCUGACUGUUUAUCUGUUUGUCUGCAAAAAACUUUAACAUUGCCCAUAACUUUUGAUUGGUUGGAGCUAUGGCUUUUAUAUUUCACAUGUGUAUUCCUUGUGACAAGACCUUUCUUUGAGUACCAUCAUAUUUGACCUUGACCUUGGAGUUUGACCCAGUUUUACAAAAUUUUACCCAACAUUAACCUUGAUCAUAACUUUUGAAUAAUUGGUGCUAGGGCUUUCAUAAUUCACAUGUGUAAUCCUUGUGACAAUACCUUCCUUUGGAUACCAACAAUUUUGACCCUUUGACCUUGAUCUUGGAGUUUUAUCUACUUUUGGUAAACUUUAAACUUGGCAAUAUCUUUUAAACGGUUGGUGCUUGGGCUUUCAUAUUUCACUUGUGUAUUUCUUGUGAAAAGGCCUUUCCUUGAGCACCAUUUGACCUUGAUGUUUGACUUACUUUUGAAAAUUUUUAACCUUUUCCAUAUCUUUUCAAUGGCUGCUGCUAGGGCUUUCAUAUUUCACAGGUAUAUUUUUCUCGGGACUAUACCUUACUUUGGAUACCAACAAAUUUGAUUUGCAUUUUAAAAAGUUUAACCUUUGCUUUAAGUUGCCAUACGUGGGCAUCAGUGUUUCACAAACACAUCUUGUUUUAAAUUAAUUCUAUUUGUUUUUAUAUCACAAAGAUUUCAAGAAUUGUCAAAUGAGAAUUCCUUAUCGGUUUAAUACUAUUCACCAAAUUAUCAUGAUAAAAAAAAGAGAUAGUCAAUAUUUUUAUGCAAUUGUUUUAGUUUCUAAGCAUCGUUUUAAAUUCCUGGUUUGAAGACAAACAUUUUAUAAUCAUUUUAAAUAUCAUGAUAUAAAUUUGAAUUUACUGUAUCUAAGUAAAUUUAAAAAAAAUUACAACAUGAUAAUUACCGGUGCUGUUUUUGUAAAGUCCAGUGUGGGAUAUAUGUAGCAAUAAGUAUAAAUUUUAUUCUCACAGAUAUAUGUUGUCUUGUUUAAUUUUGUGAUAUACUCUCAGAGUUUUUUAAAGUCAGAUUCAUAAGCCUUUGAAUAUAUGUUAAUGUCACUGGUGAGAUAGCUUUUUUGUGCAUAUUGUAGUUAACAUCCAAAAUGAAUAAAAAAAAU